AUGUAUUGGAUAAACCAGUAUUGGCAGGCUUUACGCAAUAUGAGUUUCCCUGAAAUUCCAGUAGAAGAAACUCCUGAAAAUGAUGGGGAGCCAAGCACUUUGUCACUCAGUAUCUGUGAACGGUCUUCUCCAGCAACAUCAAGUGAAGCCUUCACACCAAAGGAGGGAUCUCCUUAUAAAGCUCAAAUAUAUAUACCUGAUGACAUCCCAAUUCCAUCAGAGUUUGAGCUUCGAGAGUCAAAUAUACCUGGAGCCGGAUUAGGGAUAUGGACAAAACAGAAGAUUGAAGUAGGUGAAAGAUUUGGACCAUAUGUAGGAGAACAUCAACAAAGUCUUAAAAACACCAAUAAUGGAUGGGAGGAAAAGAAUGAGUUGUUAUUUGAACAUUUUAACCGAAUGAGGAUUUUGGAACAAUGCAUGUAA